UUUCUUACUUCCUCUUGAAGGCCCCUUUAAUGGCAUCGAAGCCUCUAUCUGCAUCAAAUCUUUGCAUAAAAUUAUAGAUUACGGUUCAAAAUUUCAUUUCUGUUUCAAUAAUUUCUGUUUCAGGAAGUGUUUGCAGCUAUGAUGGAUGCUAAAGCAUUGGCAAAAUCAAAAAGAGCUCAUUCACAACACCAUAGUAAAAAGCCUCAUUCGGUUCAAAAAUCGAAACCACCAUCACCUGGUGUUAAUGAACCUUCAAAUUCGAAAAAGCAAACAAUCAAGCAAAUCAAAGAGAAAGCUCACCAGGCUCAGCGUAUAUCCGCAUUACCAUCGAAUUGGAAUCGUUACGAGGAAGAAUUUGAUUCAGGUUCUGAAGAUCCAACCCAAACUCCCGAUGUUAUUGUGCCAAAGAGUAAAGGAGCGGACUUUCGUCAUUUGCUUUCCGAGGCUCAAUCUCAGUUGCAAGCAAAUCCUUAUUCAAAUAACAUUCCUUCUUUAGAUGAUGUUUUUCCCGGUGAUUUCAAUCAAUUUGUAGGUUCAAUGCUUGCAGUAAGAGGAGAGGGAAUUUUAUCAUGGACUGGAAAUGAUAAUUUCGUUGUGGAUGAUAGCACGACUGCAACUCCUGAGGCCUCAUUUCUCUCCCUUAAUUUGCAAGCUCUUGCUGAACAACUCGAAAAAGUAGAUUUAUCCAAGAGGCUCUUCAUUGAAGAAGAUCUAUUACCACCAGAUCUGCGUUCUGAGAGAUCAAAGGUAAAAAAUGAUCAGGAACCUGAUCAAAUGCAAGCAGCGCCUGAUCGAAAAGAAGCUGCAAAGAUAACUGAAGGAUCAACUCCAAAUGAUUUACCCGGCAGCAAGGCCAUAGAUGCAAUAUUGUCCAACAGCGGUUUGGAUUUGAUGGCUGAAGUUCAGAGUGUUUCUAUUUCCAGUCAAAACAGCGAAUCCAGUGAAAGUAGAGCACCAGACAAUUUGAAUUUCACUACUGCUUCGAACAAGAAAGUCCCGAAAUUUGAAGCGGCAGCCGCUGAAGCCAAAUUGGAUAUGCUUCUUAAUUCUUUCAAUGAGACUAAACUUCUCGAUACUUCCAACUUAAGUUCCGAAAAACCCUCGAGCAUCGGUUCACUCAAAGCUUCCAAUUUAGACAGUUUGCUGGAUGAUUUAUUACAAGAAACAUCAACAACAGUAAACCGAGGUAUAGAUUCAUCGAAGACUGCCGCAGUUAAUUCAACUUCCGAAGAUUUACUCGAUGAUUUAUUACAAGAAACAUCAUCAAAAAUUGUAGAUGCCAAACUUGGUUCAGAUAACAAUGUUCGAUCCUCCUCUUCAUCUUCCCAACCUGUCUCGAAGUCAAAAAUAUUGAAUGAUUUUGAUUCAUGGUUAGAUACUAUUUGAUGACUUGUUAUACAAGACACUGUACCCCAUGCGAACCUGUUGUAUAAAUUGCUUAUCAAAUUUGGCUUUUUUUUCA